AUGGAGCUUCUUUACACGCGUUCUUCGUUUCUUCAUUUCUUGUUCUCUAUACUAUUUCCCAAGAUUUUUCAAGGGAAACAGGUGUAUAGGAUGUUUCAGCUGGACAAAUGGGAACGUGGAUGUAAUAUUUCGAAUGUGGUUGGUGGUGUGGCUGGAAUAGGUGGUGGAGCCGCUGUCAUAGGAGGUGUUAUUUUGAUGCCACCCGUUGCGGUUGCAGGGCUAGCUGUUGGUGGCGUUGCGGCAGCUUCAAACAUGGCCACCGGUCUUUUCAAAUUGCACAACCUAAAAAAAAAUGUCCUAGCUGCAAAGGAAAUGCUAGAGUAUGAUCGAAGGAUGACAGAAACUCUGGCAAAUAGUAUUGCUUCGCUUGAAGAAACUAAGGAAUCAAUUCUUUCCAGUAACAACAUAGAGAUGAGGGCUAAGUGUACGACCAGCAAAUUGAACCGAGAAACCGUGAUAUCCAGCGGACGAGUUGGAGCGGUCUCGCUUGCUGGAGGGGCAGUUCGCCUUGUACUAAAGGAAUCGGCAACUCUACCAACGGCUAUGGCUAAGGGAGCUGUGCAUGCACUUACAGCAGUCGGAAUUGCGAUUGAUCUCUUAACGGUAACGUUGAGUGUGAAGGUAAGUGAAGGCUCACCACUACUUUCCUUUUUAUUUUCAUUUUCCAUCACAUUUCUUCCUAUUUCUAUGAGUUCACAGUAUUGA